UUUUUGGAAGAAAUUUAAAUGUGGGGGAACAGAGAUCAAGUGAUGAUUAAGCAUAACAUCAAUGAUUUUCUCCUUAUGUUUUGUACAUACUGUUAAUGAAUAAGGUUGACAUAUAUCCUUUGAGUAUUUGUCCUGCUGGCUUUUAAGCACAUUUAAGCAUGCAUAAAAAUAUAUAAAUUUUCAAAUAUUUCAGAUUUUAUAUUCAUGUACAAAAUAUAUUAGCCUUAUUGGAAGACACGCUAAGUGCUUUUUAGUUGUGAUACUCAACCUUGGACAUCCUGUGUCCAGCUCACAGUCUCUGUCAUGAUAACAUGUAGAUGUGCAGCUGGGACAGGUGUUGUAAAUUGGGUUUUGUUUCCCUUGCUAGAUUUGGUAGCAGAGUUCUGGUUGAACUCCGGAAGCUGUUCACUGUGUACAAAUAGUUAGCACUCUGUCAAACUUUUCACCAUCCAUUACUUAGUCCACCAUGCAGUCAGUCAUCACCCCUGCAGAUGACUGACGGCUGAGUCAGUGGGGGAUGUGCUGUUCGACAAAGUGUAACAUCUUGUUUUUUCAUGUAUUCUUUAUCCCCUGUUGCAUGAUGUCUUAUUGGGAUUACAGCACAAUCAACAUUUUCUUGUCAUAUUUUUGCUGUACUGACAGCAAAAUCCCCACGUAUCCAAAUUCCAUCACACCCAAAAUGUGUGGUGAUGUAUGAUGACACUCAAGCUGUCGACCCUCUUGUGUCCCUUUGUCCUCUAGUGGCCAGGUAAAUUACCUCAUGGAGGAAAUGGGUGAUAAUGCAAACAGAUAAGACUCCUGGUACCUGUUGACCACAGUCAGAACCUCCUAAAUCAGGACCCUCUGACACAGUGCUCCAUCAGUUCCUGCCUCAAUGACACCCACAAGGCAUUGAGCCCUUAUCUGCAAUGGCCCCUGCUUAGCAUUCACGCCAUUCACGCGAACAAUGCUACCUCUUCCCGCUCAUUGGAUCUGUGACUGACAGUGGGUGUUGGUGCACUUGUGUCUGACUUCAGCCUCUAUCUGACGCUAGGCUGUUUGUCCAGUCCAGAUACCCCCACCAAGACACAAUAAAGGGCGUGUGUCUUCCUUGCCACUUCCCAUUCUGUUUUUCUAACUGGACUUUCAUAAUGGACCUUGCUCUUUAUUUGGCACAUUGGCUUCCUUCUCAGAAGGACCUGUAUUAGUUGGGGGAGGGUCAGGGCUGAAGUGCUGACUAAUGGUCGUGGAAGCAGCCCACCACCCACUGACCAGCCAGCGAUGUGGAAAUGCCAUCGUGGUUAGACGUUGAAAAGCAGGGAAACGGCAGAUAAGACUGUUGCCUUUGAUAAACAGCAGAAUGAGUAAUAGCUGAGGUAUGAUGUCGCAGCCUUGGACGGAUUUAGAAUCUCUGUUGUUUUUAAGAAAAUUGUUAGCAACGAUGUUUGCAGAAAAAAAUUGUAUUGGUACCGUAGGUUAUAAAGUUGGUUUUUCAUUGGAAGGUAUAUCUAGAGUAGCGCUUUUGAGUGAUGUGUAGUCUACUUUGGGUUUUCAUCAUGCUGCUCAAAUCUCAUAUUUGAUGACGCUGAUAUCAGAGCACAGGAUCUUGGGAUCCCAUGCCUCCAUAAUGGCUCCUGUGAAGCUGGAGCAUUAUAAAGCUUCUGUAAUAAACCUCUGUGAUCAGUAUGUCCCUCCCUCCCUCCCUGCUCUUAUUUAUGAAUGGCAGAAUUUGACAAGGGGGCAGUUCAGGUGGGUAGCUGCUGAUCACAUGAUACACAUGCACUAAGCAAGGAAUGUGGACAGGACUCCCCCCUCACCUCCUCUCAGAAAAAACUUUGAUGCCCCCAUAUCAUAACUUUUGCGUCCACUCCCUCUUCAAGCCCUCAUAUGUGCAGCGAUGCCGACGAGGGGAAUGGGUGCUGCAGCCGAGGGGGCGUGGGGGGGCACAGAUAGUGGCUGUGUUUGAUCUGAAGGUCGCCAGCCCCUCGCUGGUGUUGAGAGAUCUUUGGCGGACGAGGCUGGCUCUUAUUUAAUAACAUGAAGGGGAAGCGGACCUUUCUCUCAUAAUUAGGCCUAAUUACCCUGUAGGUGUGGACAGACGGCCCAAGAAGAGACAAACUGCCUUUAUCCAUGGACUUAGAGUCAGAUUACCCAGAGCUGUCUUAUCUGUUUCAGGGCCAGCAAGAGCCUCAAUCCUCCUCUCUUGCCUCUUCCCACUGGCUCCCAUAUUCAGCUCAGGUAUAUUAAUCAGUCAACCUGAUUUAUUGUACCUCGUCCACGACAUGCAAGUUUAAUUAGACUUAACUUGUCAAACUGCUCUGUAAAUCAGAGAUUUUUUCAUGUGGACAAGUUUAAUAAGAAGACCGAGUUUCACAGAGAAAUUGAUGCGUGGGGUCCUUUACUAUCUGUUGUCCAAUCACUUCAUGAAGGCUUCUUAAUAAAACUAAUGCAGAAAAUUAAAGAGAGAAGAAUGUCCUUGAGGACGUUCAACUAGAAAAUCACAGCUGUACCAUCUCCUACUACGUACAGCUGAACUACUAAAGUACAUUUGCAUUUGCUUUUGAUAUAUUUUGAUCUGAAAAAGACCAGUUCAACACAUUGGUGUGCCUGAUCGAUUACUUGGCUGCCUCUCCUUGUGACCAAGGAAAAAUUUAAGGGUACUUGCAAAUAGAUUUGAGUGACAUUCUGCCACCGUCUUGUUUGUUUGCAGUAUCCUUCUCUCCCUUCCUGAGCUGCCUGUAUGUUUGUGUUUGGGUUUGUGGGUGACUCACUUGCAGUCACAACAGCCGACCCAUUGUUGGGGGCAGUUCGGUGACUGGAAAUGCUGACGCCUGGAAAACAGAACGCUUCACCAAUGGAGUAGUGGCAGGGGAAAGUGGACAUUACUUACUGACUUUUUAGAUAUAAGUUUAGUUUUGCAGUUCUACAGCCGCAUACAGUAGCGUCUCCAUCGCUGUCCCCUUGACUGACAGUGAGCUGUGACCAGUGGAAGCUUUUACAGCCGCUGGUCUUUAAACAAUGAAAACAACCAGUUUCAGGCUGCUGUAUCCGUGACUCAGACCUCAGUGCAGGCCUGCUGCAAGAGGACAAUAAGGGACGCUUAAUCCACCUGUUAUCAGGGUGAGCCUCCCCCUGUCACACACUCACACAGGCGCAGGACUCGGGCUCAGGAAUGCAGUCUUACCCACCCAUUCACAGGAGGAGCAGCUUAACUCAUAGACCCUCACAGAACCACUGUUGACAUUUUUUGGCCAUUUUCAUCAUACCACACAAAAACAAGUUUGUGCAGUUGUUGGCUGAGGGCUUUCCUGUUGGUUCAUUUUAAACAUAGGCCUGAUACAUGAUGGUCAAUUUCUUAAACAAUCAUAUGCCUGGAACCAGUCCAAAUAUAUGAUAUUUGUAAUAUUUUUUGGGAAUUUAAUUUUACAUAUUUGUGAGGGUGUUGGUGCUAUAUUUUAAAUUGCAUGAGCAAACUUUGCAUUACUGUCAUAGUAAGUUGAUGGUAACGCUGAUGGGCUGACUGUGUCCUUGGGAGUCCGACAGACUGCAGUGUUGUGUGCUUAAUUAGGCAGGCUGGUCAGAGGUCUGUGUCUCCCCGCUUCACAGAUUCACACGGACAAUUUAACCACUAACCUCCUGAAACGAGCGGCUCCUGAAUGCCUUGGGCUCCAGUUUCAGUGUCUGCUGAUUUGGAGAGCAAGGGUUAUGAUAAGUAAAAGUAGAGGGGGAUGAUUGUGAGUCGGGGUGAGGUUCUGUUUAUUAACCACCGAGUGUUCUUCAAGUUUGGGAUACUUGUGAGGACCUGGGGAUGCUAUGAAUGCUUUCAGUCAAUCUAAAAAUACAUGAAAACAUUGUUUAAUGGAUCAGCUGUUACUGUUUACAACAGCACCAGUUCUCCCAGGUUCACUUGCACACAGUUUUUUCCAUUCUCAAAGCAUCUUGGAGAACUUGCUACAGCUAUUCUAGUCUUGAGCUGGCGAGAGGCUGGAGAUAGUUCUGGAUGACUCUGGCUCAAUGUUUGGGCCUGUUGUCUUCCUGCAGAAUUAAUGUAGGACUGAUCAGACACCUCUAUGAUGGUACUGCUGGGUGGAUGAACAUCUAAACACCUUGAGUGCUUAAAACUUUAGGUUUGUGCUUCAUUUGACCAUACUGCACUUUCAUCUUUACGAUUUCUUGGAUCUUGUGGAGCUGCCGUAUAAAUACAUUCUGUUGUACACAUGCUAACAUGCACUAUGUGUAUUUUAGGCUUGAGCAUGUGGGAUGCAUCAUCUUGAAUUUAAAAACUGUUUUUGCUAUGAAAAGUGUGUGAUUGAAAUGCACUAUUUGCAUAAAUUGGUUUAAACCACCUGUGAUGUUAAACAUGGAGUUUUAUGGAUUGAUAUGAACUGAGCAGCUUACUCACAAAGAGACACUCGCAUGCGCUUGUACAGCAAUUUAAUGUUAAGGCAUCAUUUCCUUGUAGCAUACCUGCGGUCGGUUUGGUUUCCUCACCUGCCCAGCCUACAAACGAGAUAAAAGCCUGAGCUCUUACCUCUGCCUCUGGGACAACGGCUGUUGAUCGCAAGAGGAGUGACUGUAAUGAUGCUGGUUUGCAGCCUUCUUGCAGCCAAACAUUGAUUGCAUGACCAAGGAUGUCUCGUCCUCCUCCACUCCCCAUUUAUACCCUCAGGGGGGCUGGUGGCCCCCUUAAUACCCUCCACUUUAGCUGCCAUGAACAGGGUGCCCCCCUACUAUUCUCUGGGUCAGGAAAGGGUGCGAUCCAUAUCUGGAACCUAAACAGCAGGAGGGCUGAGAAGAUAAUAGAAGGUCAUUCUGGUAGCUCAGUCCUCUGGGUCAGCACACUGCAGUCCACAGAUACCCUAAUCAGUCAGGGACGGGACCUGCAGGUCUGUCUGUGGAAUCUGAGUGAAGGUCGCAGUGAGCUGCUGGAGUCUGUGUGGACUGGCAGUGUUGGAUUCUGUCAGUGCUCCAUGCUGGAGAUAAGCCCUUCGAAAUACCUGCUGGCCUUUGCUGGACAACAGACAGAAGAGAUCAAGAUCAUUGAGCUGCCCAGUAAGACCCCAGUCUGCUCCUUGGUACCAGAAGGACAACUGGGAAUGGUGAUGUGUAUAAAAUUGUGGCAGCCAGACUCGGGUCCCGGACCUCUCCUGUUGGCUGGAUAUGAGGAUGGGUCCCUGUUGCUGUGGGACGUAACCCAGAGGUCCACGCUGAGCCAGGUCAAAGCCCACCCUGAGCCUGUCAUGUGCCUGACCUUUGACACGAAGCGUCUGAGGGGCAUAUCGGGCUCUUCUGAGAAGAAACUGUCCUCCUGGAUGCUGGACGGCCAGAACAACCUGCAGUUGCAGGAUGGUGUGACGCUGGUCAACCCUGGAGUUUCCCAGCUGUGUAUCAGGGAGGAUGGUAAGCUUCUGGCAUCAGCGGGCUGGGACCACCGGGUACGGAUAUUCGGCUGGAAGAAGCUGCGACCACUGGCAGUACUUCAAUACCACACUGACAUGGUGCUCAGUGUAGCCUUCUCUGACCAUCAGGACCCCAGACAAAGACUGCUGGCUGCUGGAUCCAAGGACCAGAGGAUCAGCCUCUGGUCAAUAUACAGUGAGGGAGCUGACACUGGCUGAGUCUUUGAGCUCUUGGAGGACAUGAAAAACUUUUGAUCAAUGCUCUGCCUUAGCCCCGGUUUGUAGUUCUUAUUUACAAUAAUGUCAGUCAGUUUAUAGAGCCCAAAAAUUUAAACUGCGGUAGGCCUAAAUCUGAAAGAAAAACACCACAAUUUGAAUUAACAGGCCAUGUGCAGCUCUUCCCUCUGUCCUAAGCCCUUCUCACCAAAUGAGCAGGAGCAUAUGCAUAGGCUUUAAAUAUGAAAAAACAGUCAAACUAGAAAUCAACAUUCACCGCUGAGUGAAAAUCUUCUGUUUAACCCACUGUAUCACCACAUCCUGCUCUCACAGUCAGCUUUGUUGCUUUUAUACUGAAUCACCUGAUCUGGGUGAAAGGCUCUGUGAUUGGCUGAAGUCUGAUGUCACAGGUAAGAUUUUCUAAAGCCUGAAAAUUGAGGCAAGAAUAGAUGCAGAAGUCUGGUUUCUUUUUGCAAUUAGUGGAAAACUUAUGAUGUAAUCUUUGCCAAGUAAUGCAAAUAAAGUGCCUACCCCAGAUUUAAUACUUUGCUAGUUCAGAAGAAUUCUAAAUUUACAUCUAGAAUUAGUAAGGACUCUAAAAAGGAGAAAAAGCUGCAGCAAGUUGGACUAUCCCAGAAACUGCACAAUCAGAAAAAUAAUCCCUGUUAAUUUUUGACGUGCUGACAUUUAACAUUUUUUUGUUAAGUUGUUGUAUUGACACGUAUUCUCACAGCUUUAUAUUUUCAUUUAAAAAAUGCAGUAAUAUGGACAUUGAUCCUGUGUAUUAUGUUUACAUUUAUUUGUCUGUUAGAGAAAUUAGUCAGGAAAAGCUGUGAAUAUGUAGAUGAACGAAAAGUACACUGAACUACAACAUUUCCAGAUGAAGACCUUAGGUUCUCACACCGUGUUUGAGUGCUUUUAUUUCUACAUUACAGUGUGACUUUUCAGAGCUCUACAGCCAGUAUCUCCUUUGCUCUGAGGCCAACUUCCAUUACUGAGGUCUUUCAAAUAGUUAAUAAGGCGCUUGCUGACUUUUCCAGCCCGCUGUUUUCUGAAGCCUGCUGUGAUGCUCUGUGCAGCUAUGUGAUUGUGUUGACUUAUCUGAUGGAAGAUUUGCUUCAGUGGACUUGAAUUUGAGGCAUACGGCGCACCUGAGCAGCUAUGUAAUCCCGUGUUGUUAUUCUAGCAGGUUUUGGCUUAACACACAGGCCCUCCAGCCUGACCUGAGUUGUAUUUGUCAAACAAGGUUAAUCACAGCAGGGACAUGGAGAGCAGAGAGGUGUUGGUUUAGUGGAUGUGCUGAUCAGCUAUUGCUUUACUUUUCUGAAUAAGUGUACCAUCUCUCCAAAUCAAAAACGCAAAAACUAAAAUGUACACUGACCAUCAUUGAGUGUUUAACAAGUAGAAAAUAAAAUAAGAUGAAAUUUCAUUUACUUUCUAAUAAAUGAUCAACAGUU